AUGACAUAUGAUCAGAGGAGACUCCCUGCCUCUGACUACAACAGACUGGUCGACUUAGACAUCAGGAGACCCAGGUCUGGUCACAGAGGAAUCCGAGGUGGUAAGAGGAAUCAUCAGAAUAUCAAUCAACAGCAAGAAGGACGUACUAAUGGGCAACUAAAGGUAGGAUUGAUAAACUGCCAGUCUUCACGUAAUAAAUCUGACCUUAUCAUUGACCAUCUGAAAGAUCAUGAUUUAGAUUUGCUAGCAUUGACAGAGACUUGGCUUAAGGAAAAUGACAGUGUAGCUGCCGGAAAUAUCACACCUGCGGGUUUCAGUCUCAUCAGUGUUCCCAGAGAACAUCGCAGGGGUGGCGGGGUUGCUCUACUUCAUAAGUCCAGCCUCCAUGUGAAGGCCCAGGGUUUUGGUCAUGACAAACCCAGAUCCUUUGAGAUAACGGAAUGCGACCUGAGUUAUGACAAUGCUACUUUAAAAUUAGCGAUUGUUUAUCGCCCUCCGCCUUCGUCGAAAAAUAGGUCAAGCUUCAGUGACUUCAUCCAAGAGUUUUCUUCCCUUCUGGAUAAGUAUGUUCUCUUCACUGGUAAAUUACUCAUACUUGGAGACUUUAAUGUCCACUGGGAGAAUGAGAAUUCUAAUGAGACAAGCCGGCUUAUGUCUUUACUGCAUGAUCAUAACCUUCAGCAGCAUGUGGUUGGGCCUACCCAUGAAUCUGGCCAUACAUUGGAUCUAGUUAUUGGACGGGUUGGCGAAGAAUGCUUGGAGACUGUAGAGAUAGGCGAAUCUUUGUCCGACCACUCAGCUAUUCACUGUAAGCUGCAUUUGAGGAAGCCAAAGGCAGUCAAGAGGGUAAUCCAGUUUCGCAAGAUAAAGGCAAUUGAUUCCACCACGUUCAGCUCAGACAUAGAGAAGUCCGAGCUAUCAUCAUCUGAUGCAUCACUAACAGCUGAAACAUUACUACAUAAGUACAACGUGGUUAUGGGAGAACUCCUUGACAGACAUGCUCCACAGCGAUCCUGUGUCAUCAUUGAUCAUCCAGCCAUUCCAUGGUAUAACCAGGAAAUAGCAGACGCUAAGCGAAAGCGACGUCAACUUGAGCGUAAAUGGAGAAGGACGGGGCUCUCUGUUGAUAAACAACUUUUCAAGGAUCAAAGAAACCUCACCAAAGAGUUGUUUAAAGUGGCGAAGUCAGAGUUUUGGAACGACCUCAUCAUGGAGUGUGGCAGUGAUCAGAAGGCCUUGUACGGUAUAAUCAGCCAACUUCUUCAUCAGAAAACCUCAGCGUCAAAGAAAAUGCCUCAGCAUUUAACUGAUGAUGACCUUGCUGUUGAUUUCUCUCGCUUCUUUGUCGGAAAGAUUGAGAAAAUCCGGGAGUGUAUGCCAGCAACUCAGGUCCUCCCAAACGGACAGCCUUCACGUGAUUGUGAUGCCCAUCUGACAUUGAUACAUCCUACAUGUCCAGAGGAAGUCAAGCGGAUAAUUCACAAGACAUCUGCAAAGACAUGUUCGCUUGACCCGGUGCCUACAGUUCUUGUUAAACAACACGGUGACCUCCUAGCUCUGCAUAUUUCGUGUCUGAUUAAUGCGUCACUGCGUGAUGGAGUCUUCCCAGACUGUCUGAAACUGGCAUAUGUUACCCCAGUAUUGAAGAAAUCUUCACUUGAUCACAACGAUCUGGCUAACUAUCGCCCAGUAUCAAAUUUGCCUUUUCUGGCCAAAGUGACUGAGAAAAUUGUCGCAAGUCGUCUGACAGCUUAUCUGCAGGGCAAUGAUCUACAUGAGUGCCUACAGUCUGCAUACAGAAAGAAUCACAGUGUGGAGACGGCACUACUGAAGGUCUCGGAUGACAUCCUAACAUCAAUUGAUUGCAGAAAAGCAGCUGCCCUAGUUCUGCUUGACCUGUCAGCUGCAUUUGAUACCAUCGAUCAUGCUGUUCUGCUUGAGAGACUUAGAGAAGAUUUUGGAAUUGAAGCAACUGCACUCCAAUGGUUUGAGUCUUACCUCAACGACAGAAGACAAGCUGUGGUCAUCAAUGGCAAUCUAUCACCUGAGACCACCCUUAGCUACGGAGUUCCGCAAGGCUCUGUCCUCGGUCCCUUGCUCUUCACACUCUACAUCACCCCUCUUGGCUCUAUCAUACAGCGACAUGGUCUUAGCGCACAUUUCUAUGCAGACGACACCCAGCUCUACCUAACUUUUGAUCCAAAAGUUGGAGGCGCUGAGGAACGUGCAGCUGCAGCCAUCAGUGCUGCCAUCGAAGAGAUUCGAUGUUGGAUGAGACGCAACUUCUUGAAGCUCAAUGAAAAGAAAACCGAGUAUCUCCUUUUGUCUUCACCACACAUGGGAAAUAAGAUCACUGGUACUCCUAUUCUAGUCGGUGAGGAAGCUGUAUCUCCCAACAACAAGGCUAGAAAUCUUGGAGUAGUCUUCGACAGAACUAUGAGCAUGAAGGAUCACAUUUCGCGUGUCUGUCAGUCUGCAUUCUACCAUCUCCGCAGGAUUGCAGAGAUCAGACACUGUCUCACCAGAAGUGCCGCGGAAAACCUCAUUCAUGCUCUAAUAACCUCAAGGCUGGAUUUCUGCAACUCUCUCCUUGUCGGCUUACCAUCAUCAGCCAUCAAACGUCUCCAGGCGGUCCAGAAUGCUGCUGCUCGCCUUCUGAUGGGAAUCAGGAAGUUUGACCACAUCUCGCCUACACUCCAUGAGCUUCAUUGGCUGCCAGUGCACUGCAGAGUGCAGUAUAAGAUCUUGCUGCUUGCAUUUAAGGCUCUACAUAACUUGUCCCCUGGCUAUGUAUCUGCUCUCAUCAGUAAUCCUGUGAUCACAUGCCCAGCUGACUUCACCUCCGAUACACUCACUGUAUCAUUCCUGGUGUAUGUCACAGACAAUGCUGACCCUGCACCAUCGUUGACCUACGACCCUCUAGGGCCAGGUUCUACCUUCCCUCAUGGUCCAACGACAGUCACUGUCACAGCAACAGACAGUUCCUCGAACCAUGACUCAUGCACAUUUACUGUUACGGUGACAGUGCCAUGUGGACAUCCAGUGAGGGCCUCUCGUAGCACCAUUGAAAUACUAUCAGGGGUAUAUGUGCAGGAUACCAGGGUCAGGUAUAGCUGCAGUGAAGGCUGGGAAAUCGAGGGAACCGCAGAGAGAGAGUGCGACAAUGGACAAUGGACAGGUUCUACGCCAGUAUGCAGAGUAGCAGCCCAUCUUCGAUGCAUGCUCCCAGAUCGUAGAUCCAGAGGAGAGCGUUACUCAAUCACAGGUUUUGCAGGGAAUGUCGUUGACGAGGGUUUGCCCAUCGGUGAGCGUGUAUCCAUUUCUGUUAGUUGUAAUCAAGGCUAUACAGCUCAGCCGGCAGUGCAGACAGCUUGUUUAAAGAGGGGAGUAUGGUCAGUUGAUGUACCGAUAUGUGAGCCAGUACCCCAGCCACCUCCCCAACAUGAUGAAUUCAGCAGCGAAAGCGAAUGGUACUGGUAAUGAUCCAGAGGAGCACAUUUCGUUAAUUUCAUCUGAUCCAGACAUCAUUCCUACCACGGCCCGCACCAACACAGAAAGCGUUUAUUCGCCGCUUUCAUCAGAAUCCUCUUCUUAAAUCUCGUCUACGAUCGAGUCUGUCAGGGUGGGAAAGCCCCAUUGGUAUCACUUCAUAUUCAUAGGUGUCGCACAUGAUGGUUAGCGUAGUUGAUAAUGACCCCCUAUUUUGCAAACUCUCAAAAACAUUUUCCACAAAACGUUACCCCCGUUCGCGCAAAAACCAUUACAAAACAAGGUUUUAAUAUAUUCCUAUUAAGGCAUUUCAAGUACAUGACUUAUUGUACACAUUCACACCAAGAACCCUAAAACAUUGUACCUGAUAUUCAUUCAUGUUGGCAAACAAAGUGCAAAGGUGACUCUUUUUUAUAAAUAUCUUGCACUUUCAAAAAGGCAUAUUUUUAUUUCCAAACCCAUAACAAAAAAAGAACGUGCUUGUUUAUUUAUUAAAAUCCGCGGAAUUCGCUGAAAAUUGUCCAUUUCUUAAAUUACACCGAUACAUACAAAUGGCAUGAAGUGAUAUCACUGGGGCAGAAGAAUUUAUGUUGUUUGAAAAUGACUUCUGUUGGUGCUUUACUGCUUUAUAGGGUAGUUUAUGGAAUCAUGUUUACUUUUAUGUCAGCAACAGGUACAGUAUUUUAAUGUUAGAACAUAUUGAAAUCACGCCAAGUGAACACUUUUCAAUGGUGCUUUGCAGAGGUAUCUCUGAAAGUCUGAAUUAUUGGUGAACAGUCAGCUUGUCCUAGUUAAGAUCUGUUAUGAAACAUGAUGAUUAAUUAACAUACCUAGCUAUCACUAAUAUAAAAAAUGGAAGGGAUUUUCAAAAUACUUUUUGACUUAUUACAUUAGCAUAUUGACACUGCGCUGAACUAAGGACUUCCGCGUAUUCACUAGGCUCUGUGUUAUAAGAUAAAGAAAUGUGUAGUGUAUAACACGUUACUUUGUCAUAAAGAACCACUGGGGUUAUGCCGAUGUCUGAACAAGCCUUGAAGGGAAAUUUCUUGGAAUUUUUAAAAUCAAUUUUGUACAUUCCAAGUAUAAAUUGUUUUUAAAUUCAAUCAAAGAGACAGAGAGAGAGCUAGAGGUGUUUCAAAAAUUCGAUUCUGACUAUGAAUAAAUUGGCAUAAGAAAUUGAUAACGGUAUGGAAAAUUUUGUAACAGUAAUAAAAAGAUGGUGCUGAAGAAUUUUGUCUAGUUGUCAUCGUCUUUAAAAACUGUACGUAUCGAAUAUAGUUAUGCAUGUAUAACCAUGAAAGAGGAAAUCUAUUAAAAUAUGAACAUUCUAAUUAUCUAGUUCGUAAUGUAACAAAUUAAGAAAAGUAAAAGUCCUUGACACAUUUUUGUGCUGAUUCUAGUAUUAUGGGGAUUUCUAAUAACCUGUUAUUUGCUUGUUUUUGUUUGUUUAUGUAGUAUCUUGAGAAGAAAUUUUAUUUUGGAUGAAUACAUGUAGUUACUUUUAGAAUUUGCUAGGGAAAAGCUAAUAAUUUUUUUUCUUCAAUUUGCUUGAAUGAUAUAUAAGAAAGCUUUGAGCAAAUUGAAAAUGUUAAGACAACCCUGCCCCCGGCUCCCCCCUCCCACCCUCCCACCUGUCGUUUAUAACCCCCUGUCUAUUGGGCAGAUGCUGGACAAAAAUGUCAUGAAUUGCAGUAUAGAAAUGAUGUAUCUUUAUAUUUUUUUGGUAAUCUUGGUCUUUUGAACUGAUACCCUGUUGCUGUUUAUAAAAUGUUUGGAUGGAGGGUGGGGUGUACAGGUGUACCAGACCCCAUUGUCGGGCCUUAUAAUGUGCAUGUACUGUAUUUUGUAAAAAUUAAUUGUAGGUGAACGCAGUGUACAGAAUACAUGUACGUUGUCAUCAUCUUAUGCUUUCUUAUAGUUGAAAAAAAGAAAUAAAUACAUGAAUUUAUUUUUAAGCUAU